AUGUCAUCAUCGUCAUCCGAUGGAGUCGAAGAAAGAUUGGACGAAAUUUUCGACGAAAUCUUCGAAGAUACAUACGAGGACAUAGUGGAGGCCCAGACCAGUAAGCACAAGAAACGGGCUUAUAUAGAACGAAACCGUGAAGCAGGACACGACCGUUUAUGGAAUGACUACUUUAGCGAAGAUCCCACAUUCUCGGCACAUUUUUUCAGGCGCCGUUUCCGCAUGAAUAAGGAUUUAUUCUUGCGUAUUGUCCACCGCCUCUCGGAGAACAUUCCAUUCUUUCAACAAAAAAGAGAUGCAACCGGGAGGUCUGGUCUUUCUCCAUUACAAAAAUGUACGGCAGCUAUUCGUCUCCUUGCUUAUGGUUGUGCGGCUGACACGAGUUCAUUAGCGGAGAUAGAUAACGAGGGGGUGGAGAUUAAGAUGAUGGUGGCAGCGGCGGAGGUUAUGGUGAUGGUGGCUGAGACAGCUUCAUUGGCGGAGGUAGAGAACGAGGAGACAGAGAUGAUGGUGAUGGUGGUGGUUGUGACAGAUUUGUUUACGGGGUAA